AUGGCGGAAGAUGGUGAGAAGCCAGCCAGAGCUGCGGCAGCUCCAGUGUCGUUCGGUUUCACCCGAACAACCGGACGGAGGCGGUUUCUUAUCGCAGCUGGGGAGGAUGGAAGCGAACCGAAGCAGGAACUUGAUUUCCUUUCCGCUGUUGAGGGGCAGGAAUUGCAAAGUGUUCGGCCAGCUCCACAACCAAAAGAACUUAUUAUUCCCCUGAUCCAGAAGAAUCAGUGGAAGAAGCCAGAAGGCUCCAGACCCCUCCAGGAGCAGGAUGAGAUCAACGGUGUUGAAGCUCAAGCUGUCAGAGAGCUCAUUGAAGAAUCCAAGAAGUCCCUGGAGCAAAGGGAGAGUGGCACUAAGGUAGACCCAGAAUUUGCCAUCCCUCUUCUUAUGCAGAACCGUGUGCCCAACAACUACGAGACGGGGGAGAGAGUGGAUGUGAGCCUUCGUCCAGACUCGUCAACCGAGGCUGAUUAUGAGGAGGUACCAGUGGAAGCCUAUGGUCUUGCCAUGCUGAAGGGCAUGGGCUGGAAGCUGGGUGAGGGCAUCGGGCGGACCUUCAAGCAGGAUGUGAAGCCCCUGGAGAAUCGCCUCCGGCCCAAGGGCCUGGGUCUUGGAGCAGACUGCUCAGCAGCCCAGAAUUUGCAGCCCUCAGACUCACAGCAGCCCCUGAAGCCAGGUGAGGAGCCCUCGAAGAGCAAGGAUGAGCUUCUGGGAUUGAUUCCAGGUGGUGCAGUCUUCAUUGAGACUGGCCCUCACAAGGAGCUGUAUGGAAAGAUUGAAGGUGUAGAUGGAGAUAAUGCUCGUGUCAUGGUAAAAUUAGCUAUUGGCGGCAAAACCGUGACUGUGAGUCAGCACGGAGUUCGGCCCGUGACACAGAAGGAAUAUGAUAAGCUGGCCAAAGAUCUCAGCCACCUCAGCAAGGCCCGCAAAGAGGAGGUGGAGCAGAGAAAUGGGGCAAAGCGUGAUGCAGUUAACAGAGCCCUGGAAGACAGAAAGGACCAAGACCAAAAGGGCAGGGAUAAAAAGAGGAAGCACCCAGGCGCUGACAGAAAUGAACAUGCUGGGAAACAGAGUAAAAGUGAAGACAGUGGCAGCAAUUCAUCUUCCAGAGCCCCUCACUGGUUGCGACAAGACCUACGAGUCCGCUUUGUAGAUAAGUUCUACAAAGGGGGCAAAUACUACAAUACAAAGAUGGUAAUUGAAGACGUCCUCAAGCCAGAUACGUGUGUCUGCCGAACGGAAGAGGGUCAGAUUCUAGAUGGAAUCCAUGAGUCCAUGCUGGAGACGGUGAUUCCUCGCAAUGAUACAACCUGGGUCAUGGUGGUGCUGGGGAAGCAUGCUGGCCAGGUGGGUCGUAUUCUGCAUCGAGAGAAGGAACAUAGUCGUGCACUGGUGCAACUGCAGCAGGACGAGGAGAGGCUCAUGACGCUGGACUACGAUGCAGUCUGUCACUAUGUCGGUGGAUCAGAGGAUGACUGACAGCCCCUUUGGAAUGCAUCCCAUCUAAAGGACAGAGGAGCUCCUGAACCUUGGGGCAGGUUUGAAAGGGCCAGCCUGCAAUUCUGUAUCCUUGGAGAAAGCAUGGUCAGAAGUCCUGACCACAGCAGAGAACUGUGAACAGUGAACAAGGCUGCCUCCAUAUUCAGGGUGGAUUCUUGGUCACCACCACGGUGGUCUAGAGUGUCUCUUUUUAAAUGGACACAAGAUGUGUGGUUACUUUAGAUUUUACCAGUAACAGGUGCAGAUUUCUGGUUUCCAAACCAGCAGCGGCACUCUAGAAUGUGAGUAUCCAAGACUGCCAAAGGGGAGAACAUACACAAUGAAUGAAAUCUAGAGUGUAGCCAAGGUGUUGCUGGUCAACUCUGGUUCUAGAAUCAGCAAGAAAUUAGGCUGGCCCUAGAGCAAAGCAGGAAACAUCUGUGUGGCUUAGACCACUAUUCUCUGGGCUUUCAUACUAAGUAAUACUUCUGGAUCUGUGCUUUGAAGCUCUAGGCUGUGUUCAAGCGAAGAGCUACUGCAAUUUGUGUCAUCUAUUGCAAAUGGUAGAAUGUGGGGAAAGGAUGUUACUUUGUGUGUAAGAGACCUUGCUUUUAAAAUAAACCAAAAAUGCUUCAAGCAUUUCCAAUCUAGGAAAAAACAUCUGGAGCUUUCACAAUGGCAUGAAUUAGUUAUUGAUGGGCCUAGGUUCAUAUCAGCAGGACAAAACCUUGAAGCUGUUAAUAGACAGGAGGAAGAGGAGCACACAGGAUCUUACACAAACCUGAUACUUUUUCACCAGGAUAGCAGACUGGGCUCUUAGGAGGGUAUACACAAAAGAGAAACUUACUUGUUUUAAAUCAUUCUAGAGCAGGGGUGGGGAACAACUUUUAGACCAAGGGGAAAAUCCCAUUUUGAAGAAGCUGUGUGGGGAACAUUGCAGUGGUGGGCACAGCCAAAAGCAAAAGAGGUGGGACCACAGAUAUCAUUAUGCUGUAGUGGAGACAAUUCCCCCUUUUAGAAUAAGGGGAAUUGUGCAAAAAUGGGAAACCAGCAAUCAAGUGGUUGUUGAGCCAGGAAGGCUGGGCUGGGCUUCCAAAAGGGCCUCUUUUCCUACCCCUGUUUUAGAGUAACCAUUUUGGAUUCUAAUCCAGCAUCAAAACCAGCCCUGUACAUGUCUUCUUAACUGAAUGUCUGUGAGACAGAAGAAAGUUCAUGUUGCAGAUUGCUAUGUAAAAGUGGCAUAUGGAAGAUUCCUGUCUUGUCAACUGCUGUGGAAGCAAAUUCAGCAGGACUCAAGUAUCACAUAAAUUGGCUUCCUCAGGUUUCAUGGGUGGAAUGACAGUCUCAGUUAAGUUAUGCCAUACAUACAGUGUAAAUAAACCCCUUAUUUUUCCUC